AUGGCCGACUACAGAGAGCCCAUCUCCUUGAGCAGCCAUUCCGAUAAGGAAAAGGCUGACGCAACGGGUACCAAGAUCGAUGAGUCCGAUCUGCAAUCUCUAUUAGAUCAAUUGCGGCAGAUUGUGGCUGAAAAUGAACUUGACGUCAACUUCCCUGUUCAGAUCAUCGCUCAGGCGCGCGAGAUGCUCGACGCCGAUACCAAGCAUAUUGAUCUCUCUCAGCUGCAGGAGGUUAUGUCAGAUAUUGAAAAACAUCGUGACCUCAUUGAGAAUGACUCUCCCUAUCCGGAGGUCCGCGCUGUGGUCGACCCAACCGAUGACCCUGAAAUCUCGGCCAAUACUUUCCGAGCGUGGUUCCUGGGCAUGAUAGCUACCAUCGUCUUCACGGGGGUCAACCAGUUCUUCACCCUGCGCUAUCCCACUAUUGCCAUAUAUUCGAUUGUCGCUCAAUUGCUGUCCUACCCCUGCGGGGUCUUCAUGGCCAAAACCCUGCCUACGCGCCAGUGGAACCUGUUUGGCUGA